UGCCUGUUUUUAACCGGGCGCGCGGACGUGCGCGUCCCCGUGGAGUCUUUGUGUGGCGGCGUAGAGAAGCGCAAAUACAAUAACCAUGGCCGACGAGAAACCCAAGGAGGGUGUAAAGACGGAAAACAACGACCACAUCAACCUGAAGGUGGCGGGACAGGACGGCUCGGUGGUCCAGUUUAAAAUCAAGAGACACACACCGCUCAGCAAACUCAUGAAGGCCUACUGCGAGAGACAGGGACUGACAAUGAGGCAAAUUCGAUUCCGGUUUGACGGACAGCCUAUUAACGAGACAGACACGCCCGCACAGUUGGAGAUGGAGGAUGAAGACACAAUUGACGUUUUCCAGCAACAGACAGGAGGACACUGAAUCUGAAUAACUCUCCACCGACAUCUCUCUCUCUCUCUCUCUCUCUCUCUCUGCUCAUCUGUACCUGCUGUUGUAAAGUGUUUCCACCAUUUCAUCUUCACCAUGUUCCUCUUUGGUUUUGUACAUAAAGGGUUCCUGCUCCAGGACUAUCACAGCCAGAUCAUGUGAGAUAACCAGCCGUGUGUGUUUUUGAGUUCAGGGUUUGUUCUGCUUCAGAUACGAGCACACACACACACACGCACACACACACUGGCCUUUUUUUUUUUGCCAAGUUAAAAUUGUGGAUAAAUAGAUUCAUAAAUGCACACAUGCUCUGCUCUGUUAUAUCUUAAGCAGACACAAAAGCUGCGGUUUUCCAUUCAGACUAAUUGGUUUUACUUUCGUUUUACCGUAGUGGUCAUGUAUAGUGAGGCACUUGUGUUAAACAUGUUUCUACCCGGGUGUUUUUUUUGAGGGAAGUCCCAGCCAUCCGUCUGUAUCGUCCAAUAAUCUCUUGUUAAAAUAAAAUAUUCUCUUUUUAUCAAAA